CCCGUACAUAGUGUUUGGAAGCUUGAUCCUCCUUGCAGGCAUCAGCAUGCCUGCGCUUCCAGAGACACUCGACGCACCCCAGCCAGAAUCUGUCCAGGAGGUGGCUGCCACGCAUCGCCAGUACAAGCUCACAUCUUUGAGACACAUAUUCAGAACGCGGUCUUGUCUGCCUGGGCCGCUACACAAGACCUUCAUGCGGGCGGCAGACAGUGAUGGCGACGAAACUGCAUGAGUUUUUUUUGUUGGUCCACGGCCAACUUCUUUUGCUAAUUUCUUUUGCAGCCUGAUGUGCGGGCGAGUCUCGCCUUUUCCUUGAGUGUAGAGAGUGGUGUCAAUCUUCUCGAUUCAGGUGAGGAGCUGUAGAUUAUAUGUUGUUGUACUCCAGGACGAGAGGCCUGCACCUAUUGUGUUCGUCAGAUGACAAGCUCAAGAAUAUUGCCUCGAAUAGGACAGACUUGGACACCAACACACAUAAGAGCGUUGCCAGAGAGAUCAGAAUAGGGCGGCGUUGACAGGCCCGGCCAGUGGUCAGGCUUACUGUUAUAAGUACAUUGCAGCCUCCUUUCCAGGCUUUCUACGCAAAUGGAUAUAUAGAUCAGGGGAUCUUUUAUACUAUUUCCUGUAGUUGAUCUGCUGUGGAUCCGUAGAGCUGACAAAAUCUUUUCUGAACAGAAAGUAAUUCUGUCAGUGGUCAAUGGCUGAUCAUGUUUACUGGUGUCACAUUGAAAGCAUAAGUUGCGC